AUGGCCGAGCUCACUCACUUGAACGAAGCCUCAGUCGUGCACAAUUUGCACAUGCGCUACCAAGCCGACCUCAUCUACACCUACUCUGGCCUCUUCUUGGUGACAGUCAACCCGUACUGUCCUCUUUCUAUCUACGGCCGCGACUAUGUCAACAUGUACAAAGGCAGGAGUCGCGAAGACACAAAACCGCAUAUCUUUGCCAUGGCCGAUGAGGCUUUCAGGAAUCUCGUUGACGAGGGUACUAACCAGAGUAUCCUUGUCACAGGUGAAUCUGGUGCAGGAAAAACAGAAAACACAAAGAAAGUCAUCCAGUAUCUCGCUGCUGUGGCUACAUCGGACACCCCUCGGGCUAAGAACUCCGCGAGACAACCCUCCAACCUGUCCGAACAGAUCUUGAGAGCCAAUCCUAUUCUUGAAGCCUUCGGUAACGCUCAAACGGUCCGAAACAACAAUUCUUCGCGUUUCGGAAAGUUCAUUCGUAUCGCCUUUACUCGAGCCGGCCAGAUUGCUGGCGCUUUCAUCGACUGGUAUCUUCUUGAAAAGAGCAGGGUAGUGCGUCUAAACUCGCAAGAACGUAGUUACCACAUCUUCUACCAGCUUCUCUCCGGUGUAGAUGAUGCUACUCGUAGCGAAUUCCUGCUUGAUGGCAUGGAGCUCGAGGACUUCGAGUACACCAAGCAGGGCAACGAUGUCAUCUCUGGUGUCUCGGACAAGGACGAGUGGAACUAUUUGGUGGAGGCCUUCCACGUCAUGGGAUUUAACGACAAGGAUCAGAAGUCCAUCCUGCAAACUGUUGCUGCUAUUCUUCACCUGGGCAAUAUUACUGUUGCGAAAGAGAGCAUGCGUGCAGACCAGGCAUCUUUAGCCGCCAACGCAAUGGAAAGCGUCGAGAAGUUCUGCCAGCUGGUCGGUAUAUCCGUUGAACCCUUCGUCGAAGGCUUGCUUCAUCCUCGUGUCAAGGCUGGCAGAGAGUGGGUCAAGAAGGUCCAGACACCAGAGCAAGUUCGCCUGGCAAUUGAUGCAUUGGCCAAAGGUAUCUACGAACGUGGAUUUGGCAACCUCGUGGACCGUAUCAACAAACAGCUGGACCGAUCUGGGUCUGGCAUGGACGACACAUACUUCAUUGGUGUUCUGGAUAUCGCUGGUUUCGAAAUCUUCGAAGAGAAUAGUUUCGAGCAGCUGUGCAUCAACUACACCAACGAAAAGCUGCAACAGUUCUUCAACCACCACAUGUUCGUUCUGGAACAGGAAGAGUACGCUCGAGAGCAGAUCGAGUGGAAAUUCAUUGACUUCGGCAAGGAUUUGCAACCCACUAUCGAACUCAUCGAAGUGACCAAUCCGAUUGGUAUUUUCUCCUGCUUGGACGAAGACUCAGUUAUGCCAAAAGCCACCGACAAGUCAUUCACCGAGAAGUUGAACUCUCUCUGGGACCGCAAGUCGUCAAAGUAUCGACGAUCGCUUCUCAAGCAGGGUUUCACAUUGACGCAUUACGCCGCUGAUGUAGAGUACUCUACCGAAGGCUGGCUGGAGAAGAAUAAAGACCCUAUGAACGAUAACGUUACUCGACUUCUCGCUGCAUCUACCAACAAACAUGUCUCUCAUUUGUUCGCCGAUUGUCAGGACAACGAUGAGGAAGCAGGUGCGACCAGGAAUAGAGUGAAGAAGGGACUUUUCAGGACCGUUGCCCAAAGACAUAAGGAGAACCUAUCGACACUUAUGAACCAACUACAUUCGACUCAUCCUCACUUUGUCAGAUGUAUCCUUCCUAACCACAAGAAGCGUCCGAAACAAUUCAGCGCACCACUCGUCCUCGAUCAACUCCGCUGCAAUGGUGUUCUUGAAGGUAUUCGCAUCGCGAGAACCGGAUUCCCCAACAGAUUACCCUUCGCCGAGUUCCGUUCACGUUAUGAAGUUCUUUGCACAAAGAUGCCUAAAGGUCCGCUCGAAGGGCAAGUCGCAGCCAAGCUGAUACUCGAAAAGCUCAACUUGGACCCUUCCUGGUACCGUGUUGGUCUUACAAAGGUGUUCUUCAGAGCUGGCGUUCUUGCCGAACUGGAGGAGCAACGUGAUGCGCUCAUUCGCGAAAUCAUGGAGAGAUUCCAAUCUGUUGCGCGAGGCUACGUUCAGAGACGCAUUGCGCACAAGAGACUGUACCGUGCUGAGGCGACUCGUAUCAUCCAGAGUAACUUCAAGGCAUACCAGCAGAUGCAAGCCAACUCAUGGUGGAAUCUUUUCGUAACAAUGAGACCGCUCCUUGGAGCCACUCGACAGUCGAACGAGGUCAAGAAGCGCGAGGAAGAAAUCUUGAAGCUACAGGAGAGGAUGCGACAAGACGAAGAAGCUAGACUGAAAAUCGAAGAUGAACGCAGACGCGCCGAAUCUGAGAUUCAGAAGAUCCAGCAAACUCUUGAGAGCGAGAGAUCUCUUGCACUCGACAAAGAAGACAUCUUCCGGAGACUGCAAGACAGAGAAUCCGAGUUGAGUGAGAAGCUCCAUGGUGCCCUUGAAGAUCAGGAGAGACUGGAGGACCAGCUCGAAGCACUUAUGGAGGCCAAGAAGAGGGCAGAAGAUCAAGCAGAUGAGUGGCACCGACAAGUGGAGCAAGCAACUCUAAUCAUCACCAAACUGGAAGGCGAGAAAACCGAUCUGAACUCCCGAAUCACUGCUCUAGACGCUCAGCUUGUUGAGGUCGAACAGUCUCGCUCACAAACCACUGAACUGGAAGAGAAGCUCAGCCAGGAGAUCAAGAUGCUCCAAAGUCAUGUAAGCCUCAAGGAUCGCAAGCUUCAAGACAUGGAGGCAAAGAUGCUCGAGAAUGACCAUGAACUCGAUCUCAAGCUCUCUUCUGCCAACAAAGACGCCCAAGACUCGAAGAAGAAGAUCAAGGAUCUUGUGGAUGAGAAUCGCUCGAUUCGCCAACAGAUGUCUGAACUCGCUUCCACAUCGACUAGCUACGAGGAUCUGAUCCGACGCAAGGACAGCGAACUUACUAUCCUCAAGACCGACCUCAAAAGAUUCCAAGAUGACCGAAAGCGUUUCGAGCAAGAAAAGCAAACUCUGACAAGCCAGCACAACAGCAUUCAAGGUCAACUACGAGGCACGUUGGCUGAGAUGGAGGCCAUGACUUCACAGAAGGCCCAGCUUGAGCGCGAGGUCACAGACGCUAAAAGAGCUCUGGAAGACAAGACCUCAGCAGACACUCAAGCUGAGAUGUUGCAGAAGCAAAUUGAAGAUCUCAAGAGCGAACUCUUCGAAGUGCAGACCGAGUUGAGUCGCGAACGUCAAUCGCGUGACGAUGUCAAGAAGAUCGCUGAGAGUGAGUACGAGAGUCUGAAGCGAGAGUUCGACGCUCUCAACGAUUCCAAGGUCACGAUUGAGAAGGAAAUGUAUGCUCAGUCAGAUGUCACACGCAGAACAAACGAAGCUCGUGCCGCUGCAGAAAAAGAGCGCAAGGACUACCAAUCCGAGCUUCAGAACCUGCGAAAGCAAUUCCUGGAUCUUCAAGAAUCAAAGAUUGAGGCUGAAGCUGCUGUCGAGCGCAAUGUUACUCGUCAAGCCAACGAACGACAAGCUCUUCUUAAACGCGAUCUACAGAACAUGGAGAGGCAUGUCGAGGACCUUGAGACCGACAAGAGCAAGAUGGCGGCAGAAGUGCAAAGAAUGAAGGAUUUCAUUUCUGGCAAUGAUUCGUUCCGCCUGCAUCAGGACCAACACAAAGAACGUCUAGAACGGGAGUUGGUCACCAUCAAGGGUCGUCUGGCGGCAUCCGAGAACGACAACCGAGCUUUACUGAACAAGCUUCAACAGAAGAAUCUGGAUAUCGCUCGGUCAAAUUCUCGUGCUGUUGACACACAGCGAUCGAAAAUUAACCAUCUCAACGCUGAGAAGAUGAACGCUGAAGAGAAUGCGAAGAAGCUUAUGCGUCAGCUUGAAGAUGCACACCUGACAAUCACCUCUUUGGAGAAGCAGAAGGAGAAACUCACCCUCAGUCUGGAGGAUCUUAACCACGAAAUCACUCGCGAGCAUCGCACUACCAGAAAUGCCGAGCAAGCGUCCUCGACCGUCAACCUUCAACUUGCCGAAGCCAAUCGCAAACUCGAGACUGAACGACAGUUGCGCAAUCAGGCCCAGACAAAUACUCGAGCCGUGCAAUCCAGCCUUGACAGUGUUAACAACGAGCUUGCUGAGUGCCGUGAGCAACUUACACUUCUUCAGAAGAUCUUUGAUCCAGAGAUGAAGGACUUGCCUUCCAAUGUCGAUGGCAUGAAGCCUGAUAUGGCUCGCACCGUCGAUCUGGCAAAGAAACUGGAAGCGUCUCAGCAAGCUCUUCACAUCGCGAACGAGAAGUUCUCGCGUGCCGAAGCACAGUUGAACGAUCUGCGUGCUCACCACCAGGACGAGAUGCAAGAGAACGAUCACAAGCAUGCCAACGCUAAGCGCGUUCUGCUUGAGGAGAUGAACUCGAAUCAGGUUAAUGCCCGCGCCUCGCCCGUCCCUAUGCGUAGGGAUUGGGAGUCUAGAAAGCCUUUCUCUCCUGUGCACACGCCAUCUAACCAGCGUCACCUGAGUAACUACACCACAGACUCUGCACGUUCUGAUCGUACCAACGACACUGCUGCCUUCAACAACCGCAUGGAUCUUGCAGCAGAGCUCGAAAUGGUCCAGAAUCAGCUUCAGAUGUCUGAAAUGCAUAACAGACAUUUGGAAGCUCAAAUCGGACGCAGUCCAUCAAAGCAAAAUUUGCAAGAUGAAAGCCCCUCGCUUCGCAGAGUGCAAAAGCUCUCCCUUGAGAACAGCAGAUUGCACGACAUGUUGGACGACUCUGCCAGGAAAGUCUCUGCCUUGGAAAAUAGCAUUCGUCUUGGUCAGCUUUCCUCUCCGAAGUGCAGACCAAGACACAUGAGGAGCUCUUUGACCUCAUCAACUCUCAGGAGCAAUCACGUAGAUCUCUACUCUCUUCGCACAACAUGGCCAUUUCCGAGCUUGCAGAUGCGAAGACCGCAUUUGACGAGAUCAAGCAGAGCAAGGUCUCGUCGGAUGUCGAGCUCCGCGAUGUCAAGUCUGAGCUUGCCGACUUGUCUUACGAGAGAGAACAAGAGGCUGCUAGCCACCAACAACUGCUUGACGAGUUCUCUGACCUCCAGAUCAGACUCGAUGCGGAGACAUCUAAGCUGCUUGACGUUACAUCUAGCCUCAACCUCUACCGUGCCCGAGCCGACGAGUACUUCGGUAAGCUCGAGCAAGCUGAGAUUGCGGUCCUCAAGGCAACUAGAGCAGAACAGUUUGCAAAGACCCAGGCCAGAGAAGUCGAAGACCAGUGCGCAAGCAUCAUGUCAGAACGCAAGCACAUGGACUCAUUGGUCGAGGACUUGCAACGCCAAACACAGCAGUACGAAGAGAGGAUUGAAGACAUCUCUGCUGAUCUCGACGGCGCCCUCCAAGCAAAGAAGCGUCUGCAAAACGAGCUUGACGACUACAGAUCUCAACGCGCCAUGGACAUUGAAGACAAGGAGUCCUCGAUGGAGCAAACUCGCAAGAAGUAUCAGUCAGAACUUGCCGCCGUUAGCAACGAGCUGGAGAUUGAACGCGAGAAUGUCAUCCAUGUUCGCGGAGAGAAUGGCCGUCUUCGUGACGAGUUGGAGGAGUUGCGCAACAAGUGGGACGAUGAAGUUUUGA